UUCGGUGUCAUGGUGAUUGUCAUGCUGUUUGAUGCUAUAAAUGGACAUAUCCCGAAAUAACUUGCAUCCCUAACACAAUUCUUUAGCUCCCCAUUAGCCGGUUACACGUGCCUUGAAAAAUUUCCAGAACAUUACAGCAUUUAAUCGACGCAAUAAAGGAAAACAUUUGAUUCUUCAUAUUAAUUUGCAGAAAUACGGUUUUGAAAAUGCCAGAUAUUGUUGAAGACACUAGUAAAGCAAUGACUUCAACUGAAGUUUCUAAACAUGAUGACAUGGAUGCUGCUCAACUAAAAGAAGAGGGCAAUGCCCUCUUUUCUGCUGGUGAUUAUUCAGGGGCAGUCAAAUUAUAUACUAAGGCCUUGAAACAAUGUGCAGAAACAAGUACUGAAGCUGCAACUCUCUUAAAAAAUAGAGCAGCAGCUUAUUUGAAACUAGGAGAGUAUCAAAAAGUUGUUAGAGAUGCAUCUGCUGCUCUAGAAAUAACUCCUGCUGAUGUUAAAGCAUUGUUUCGACGUUGUCAAGCCUAUGAAAAGCUGGAAAAUUAUAGUGAUGCUUUUAAAGAUGCCCGAGCUGUGAAUCACCUGGAUCCAAAAAAUAGUGCCAUUCAACCUAUUUUAACAAAAUUAAAUAUAAAAAUGCAAGAACUAGCUAAACAACAAGCUAGUACUAUGAAUAAAGUGAAGAGUAUGUUUGAUCUCGUCCUAGGAGAAGAUACUUCACCAGAAAAUAGAGUUCAGGCUGCAAACAAUAUUGUUGCAUUGUCCAAAGAAAAAGCAGGUGCAGAAUUAAUUAUGAAAGAAAGUGGUGUCACAAAAUUGUUGGCUUUGAUGAAAUUGGAGAAAAAUGAAGAAAUAUCUUUAGCUGUAAUCAGAACACUUGGAGAAUUAUGCAAGAAUAAUAUCCCUCGGACUUAUGAAAUUUUGAAGGAAAUUGGUGUACCAUUUCUGGUAGAGAAUCUCAACUCCAAUUCUGAAAAUUACGUAAAUGCUGUACAAUAUUUUAUUCAAGUUAUAUUGAAUGUCCUAGCUGGAAUGGAUAUUAAAGAUGGAAAGAAAUCAAACAAAAAGUUAAUUAAAGAGAAUGAACAAAUGAUUGAUCAGAUCAUGCAGUCUCUUGUGAAAACUGUUUCUAGUCGUGUCAUGUCUGCAAUUGGGCGUGAUGCUCUUUUGGAACUUAUAAUGAAAAAUGUUGAAUAUGAAUCUUUAAACUGGGGCCUUAAACUUCUUGAUUGCGAAGGUCUAUGGAAUUUAUUGGAUGUUGCCAGUGAAUUGCAAGAAAUUCAUUAUGAAAGUAGCAUGCGUAUUACUGGUCGAACUCUAGCUCAUGUUUCUGUUGCCUUAGAUCGCAUUUAUUUUUGCAUGGAUUGUGAUCAAAAUAGAGAAAAAUUCAGAAAUAAAAUGAUGGAAUUUAUGAAUGACAAAUUGAGAGGUGAAGAUAUUGAAAGCAAAGUUAGAGCUACUAGAGCUAUUACUGCUCUCUUACAGGGUCCAGUAGAGGCUGGGAAUGCCUGUCUAGCUCAGAAAGGUGUAGUGGAAAUGAUGCUUGCAAUGGCUUCAAGUGAUGACGAACUCCAGCAGAGGGUUGCUGCAGAAGCUAUCAUAGCUGCAGCUUCCAAGAAAGAUAAGUGCACUGCUAUUGUUUCAAUGGGAACAGAUAUUUUAAAAAAAUUAUAUCAAUCGAAAAAUGACAACAUAAAAGUUAGAGCUCUUGUUGGUCUGUGCAAAGUAGGCUCUUCAGGUGGGUUUGAUGCAUCCAUUAAAAUGUUUAGUGAGGGAUCUUCAUUAAAACUUGCUAAAGCUUGCCGCAAAUUCUUGGUUAAUCCUAAAAAGGACAAAGACUUGAGGAAGUGGGCUGUAGAAGGUCUUUCGUACUUAACUUUAGAUGCGGAUGUUAAAGAAGAAUUAAUAGAAGAUAAAGAAGCCAUACAAGCACUUAUUGAACUUACUAAAACAGGAGAUUUAUCUGUUGUAUAUGGUUGUGUUACAACUUUAGUUAACCUUACAAAUAGUUAUGAUCAAGAAGAAAUAAUACCAGAACUUGUUGAACUUGCAAAGUUUGCCAAACAACAUGUUCCAGAAACUCAUGUAAAGGAUGCCAAAGAGUUUGUUGACAAAAGAGUUAAAGCGCUUGCGGACGCGGGCGUAACAAUUGCUCUUGUUGCAUUAGCCAAAACAGAGAGUAAGAAUAGUAAAGAGUUGAUCUCUAGAGUCUUCAAUGCUAUAUGUGAACACCCAGACCUAAGAGGUGCUGUAGUUCAACAAGGUGGAGCGAAAGUUCUUGUAAAUUUAGCUCUUGAAGGUACAGAAAAAGGAAAAUUGACUGCUGCUCAGGCUCUUUCCAGAAUAGCAAUUACUAUGAAUCCAGAAGUUGCUUUUCCUGGUCAAAGGUGUGCUGAAGUGGUGAGACCUAUUAUGUCACUACUACAUCCAGAUUGUAAAGCUUUGCAAAAUUUUGAAGCCCUUAUGGCUCUUACAAAUUUGGCACAAGUUAGCCCUAGUGUAAGGUCAAGAAUCUUGAAGGAUGCAGGUCUGAUGAAAAUUGAGGAAUAUAUGUACCAAGAUCAUGAAAUGCUUAGGAGAGCUGCUACUCAGUGCAUUGCAAAUCUCAUGGUUUCUGAUGAUGUAGUUCGGUUAUAUGAAAUGCAGGGUAAUGACAGAGUAAAAUUUUUGCUCUUGGUGUCAGACGAUGAAGAUUUAGAGACUUCCAAAGCUGCCUCAGGAGCAUUAGCAAUGCUUACAAGUGUUAGUCGAAAGGCAUGUAAAAAGAUCUUUGAUGUGAAAGCAUGGCUUGAAAUUUUAUGCAAGUUAUGUGCAAGUGCUGACAAAGAGAUUUGCCACAGGGGUGUUGCCAUUGUUCACAAUCUCAUUCAUGCUAGUCAUGCUUGUGCAGAAAAAAUUAUAGAAACUGAUUUAUUUAAAAUUUUGAUGGCUUUAACACGUCCAGAAGUAGAUGAUGUUCCACAAAAGGUAAAAGACUUGGCUGAAGCUGCUUUAAAGAAAGCCGAAGAAUGGAAAUUAAUUAAAGUAAAUACUGGUGAAGUACAAGCAGAUUCUGAAGAUGAGAAAGAUGAGAACUAGGAAAAAAAAAAAAAGGCUCACUUUUACAGAGAAUAUCAAUCAUUGUUGAUUUGAAAUGUUUAUACUGAUAUUCUGGCAUAUUUUGUAGAAAAUUUUAUAUUCAUGUUACAAGUGGCAUUACAUCUGAAAUAUUUAUGAAAAUAAAACAUUUUUAUCAUU